AUGCCUCCGAAGACCCGUGUCAGACGAGUUGGGGCUGGAACCCGGGGUGGUCGAGGUGUACCUUCUGCUCAGAACCAAUUCGCUAGGGACCUCGUCGCAGCACUUACAGCUGCAAAUCUUUUAAACCAAGCACCUAGAGAGAAUGUCGAGGAUCGAGCUAUGGUGGCGAUGCGAGAGUUUAGCCGUAGGAAUCCACCGGUGUUUGAUGGAACUAGUAGCGACCCAUUGGUAGCUGACCAUUGGCUAGCUCAAAUUCGUAAGCUUUUUAGAGCUCUCAAUAUCACCGAAGACACCAUCAGGGUAGGUAUCGUGGUGGUGCAACUAGUUGGGGAGGCCGGUGAAUGGUGGGAAUCCGUUCUUGAAAGCAGGAAAGACACAAGGAGAGCAGCAAGAACCGCAACUCAGGUAGACGAACCGGAUGUUGAGAAUUUGACUUGGGUUGAAUUCGAGGCGUUAUUUGAGGAGCAAUAUUUUCCAGAAACUAGCCGUGAGCAAUUGAGGGACCAAUUCGAAAAGUUAGAGCAAGGAAGCAUGAUCGUGUCGGAGUACGCACAAAAAUUCCAAUCUUUAUCUCGCUUUGCGCCAGAGUUGGUGGCGACAAAAGAGAGGAAAUGUAGACGCUUUGAGAAAGGACUGCACAACACCGUAAGGAGGAUGGUAAUGGUACAACGCAAGACUAAAUACGCCGAGGUAGUUGAGUGUGCGAGAAGUAUUGAGAUACCGAAAGAAGCACAAAGGAAUAAGGGGGUUUGGGAACCGCGACAAUCAACCGUGAGCACGAGUUCUUCAUCGGGGAGCUUCGGAAGCCAAGGGAGGAAAAGGGCAAGGGAACCAUCUCAGAUACCGCAGGGUAGUUCGUCGAACUUUAGGUCGCAAUCUUCUUCUUUGGGGACUCGGGGUGCUUUGUCUAAACCUCCGAUCGUGUGCUAUAAGUGUAAUCAACCGGGACACGUACGUGUUCAGUAUCCACACAUCGACAAAACUUGUUUCGUUUGUGGUAAAGCGGAUCAUCUUGCUAGGAGUUAUCCUCAGGGGUCGGGAGCGCGCAGUGAGUCAGGUUUUGUGCAGCAGUUGGGAACGGGGUGUAAUGUGGGCCAGCCAUUUAGGGGUACUCAGAGGCAGCAGCAGCCUUACUUCCGACAGACGACAUUGGUUCAGAGUUCCGGGGUUGACAAGGGAGCGAGUUCCUCUGCGCCUGCUCAGGGUUCUGGUCAGAGAGGGGGUUUUAUGCAGGGUCAAGGUAACCAGGGACGAGUUUUCAACAUCACUUCUGCUAUCCCACAUACCACUUCUCAGGCUCCGGAAACUUCUGUUAUGAGGGGGGGUAGAACACCUCUUGACCGUAUUUGUCGAGAUUGUGAGUUGAUUAUCCGUGAUCGUCGUUUCAUGUUCGACUUCGUCGUUUUAGGAAUGUCGGGGUUUGAUCUUAUCUUGGGAAUGGAUUGGCUAUCCACAUUUCCUGCUGCCAUUGAUUGUUUCAAGCCUCGAGUUUGUAUUUGUCCACCCGAAGGUCCUUGUUUUGAAUUCUUUGGGGAGCGUCGAGAACCAUUGGAAUCUUAUUUUGUGGGCCUCGUGAGCUAG